CCUGCCUGGACCACAAUGCUGUCAUCAGGUGACUUUACAUCUGCAUCCUGGGAGCUUGUGGUCCGAGUUGACCAUGCAAAUGAAGAGCAGCAGACAGACGUCACGCUGAGGGUGUCUGGGGACCUGCAUAUUGGGGGAGUGAUGCUCAAGCUGGUGGAACAGAUGAACAUAGCCCAAGACUGGUCAGACUUUGCUCUGUGGUGGGAGCAGAAGCGCUGCUGGCUUCUGAAAACGCACUGGACCCUGGACAAGUGUGGAGUCCAGGCCGACGCCAAGCUUCUCUUCACCCCUCAGCACAAGAUGCUUCGCCUUCGACUGCCCAACACCAGGACAGUGCGGCUUCGAGUCAGCUUUUCUGCUGUGGUGUUUAAGGCUGUAGCUGACAUCUGCAAAGUACUGAAUAUCAGAAGACCAGAAGAACUCUCAUUGUUAAAGCCUUCUGGUGACUAUUGUAAAAAGAAAAAGAAAAAAGAAAAAAAUAGUAAAGAGCCAGUGAUUGAAGACAUCCUGAACCUGGAAAGUUCUUCAACAAGCUCAGGUUCCCCAGUAAGCCCUGGCUUGUACAGUAAGACCAUGACACCCACAUAUGACCCCAUCAACGGGACACCAGCCUUAUCCACUAUGACUUGGUUUGGUGACAGCCCUUUGACAGAGCAAAACUGCAGUGUUCUGGCCUUCAGCCAACCUCCUCCAUCACCAGAGGUGCUCGCCGAAAUGUUCCAGCCUCGAUCUUUGGUUGACAAAGCCAAGAUGAAUGCAGGCUGGCUGGACUCCUCGAGGUCCCUUAUGGAGCAAAGCAUUCAAGAGGAUGAGCAGCUGCUGUUGAGAUUUAAAUACUACACCUUCUUUGACUUGAAUCCUAAAUAUGAUGCUGUCCGAAUUAACCAACUCUACGAGCAAGCCAGAUGGGCUGUUCUCCUGGAGGAAAUCGACUGCACAGAAGAAGAAAUGUUGAUCUUUGCAGCUCUGCAGUAUCACAUCAGCAAGCUGUCGCUGUGUGCUGAAAUACAGGACUUUGCAACCAAGUCUGAGGUUGAUGAGGUAGAAGCAGCAUUGUCAAGUUUGGAAGUGACCCUCGAAGGCGGGAAGGCGGACAACACUUUGGAGGACAUUACUGACAUCCCUAAACUGGCAGAUUAUCUCAAAUUAUUUAAGCCCAAGAAGCUAAUGUUAAAAGCUUUCAAGCAAUACUGGUUUGUCUUUAAAGACACAUCGAUAGCCUACUUUAAAAAUCAGGAGCUCGAACAAGGAGAGCCAAUAGAGAAGCUGAACAUUAGAGGCUGUGAAAUUGUGCCAGAUGUGAAUGUAGCAGGGAGAAAAUUUGGAAUCAAGUUACUAAUCCCUGUUGCUGACGGAAUGAAUGAAGUGUAUUUGAGAUGUGACCAUGAGGAUCAAUAUGCCCGGUGGAUGGCUGCGUGCAUCUUGGCCUCGAAGGGUAAAACCAUGGCAGACAGCUCCUACCAGCCAGAGGUCGUCAGCAUCCUUUCAUUUCUCAAGAUGAAAAACCGGAACUCGUCACCUCUGGUGGCUUCCAGUCUGGAAAGCAUGGAUAUGAACCCAGAGUGCUUAGUAUCGCCCCGCUGUGCAAAGAAGCACAAGUCUAAACAGCUGGCGGCCCGGAUCCUGGAAGCUCACCACAACGUAGCCCAGAUGCCUCUGGUCGAAGCCAAACUGCAGUUCAUCCAGGCAUGGCAGUCCUUACCUGAGUUCGGCCUCACUUACUACCUUGUCAGAUUUAAAGGAAGCAAGAAAGAUGACAUCCUGGGAGUUUCAUACAACAGGCUGAUUAGAAUCGAUGCAGUCACUGGGAUACCAAUUACAACGUGGAGAUUUGCCAACAUGAAGCAGUGGAAUGUCAACUGGGAAAUCCGGCAGGUGGCAAUCGAGUUUGACCAAAAUGUCUCCAUUGCGUUCACCUGCCUAAGUGCAGGUUGCAAGAUUGUACACGAGUACAUUGGUGGCUACAUCUUCCUGUCCACACGAUCCAAGGAUCAAAAUGAAACGCUCGACGAGGACCUCUUUCACAAACUGACUGGCGGUCAGGACUGAAGUGAAGCAGGGCUACCUGGCCUACCUGGACCUAGGAAUCCCUUCCUGGACGAAGAGGAUCCGUGGCUUUCCCUGUGUGUAGCUUUCAGACCCACACAAUGUAUGCUUACCAUCAGACGCCCAGGUCCUUGCCUCGUCUGAGCACACUGAACACACCCCUCGCCUUACUUUGCCUCCCAUUGCCAGCAGUAGACUGGGCUCCUGCUGCGCUUCCUGUAAAGUGGGUGGGGAACGAGAGGCCUGGUACUUACUCUGUGGAUGCUCUAAGGCCAGCAUGGCUUUCCAGCUCUGUGGCUUUGCAGGCACACCUAACCAACAGCUGACCUGCUUAUAUGCCUCACGGUAAGUCAGCAGUGAGAAGAGCUAGGUAAAAGCGAUGUGUAGUGAGUACAAAUCUCAUUCCGUACAUUCAGGUCCUUCUUAACAAAACUGAGCGUAGCUCUCAUCUUGCCAAAAUGGCAGCAGGAGUCUCAUCGCCUUUUUUCUUUAGAGGUCAGAGAGAUGAGUGGGGAGGAGCAGGUUACAGUGGUCUUCAGCAUCAUCAGUUUACGGUGACUGUCACAUCUGUUAAGGUGACCACUCACCGUCUGGUCUAAUCAUCGGUCCUCAUAGUAUUGCUGACAUGAGAGGCUCCAUUCCUAGGGCAUCCCACAGACACAGUGAAGUCCUUCUUAAAGACACAGGGAUACCUGGGAGCCCAUUCUUAGCCAAGAUCCAUGACUCAGUCGAUUUGAUUCUGGACUGGGUCUCAAGAAAACAGACCCAGCACUCUGUUAAUCAAAAGCACCUUUAAGGAGCUGGAAAGAUAGCUUAGCAGUUAAGAGGGCUUGCUGCUCUUGCAGGGGACCUCAACUGAGUUCCAAGUACCUGGCUUUAAG